ACUGCUGCGACACGGACUCUUGUUUCACGCUGUAGCUUGGUUGUUUUGUUUUUAUUUUGUGUAAGACUGUACGUUUAAAAAAAUCUCCGUGGAAGUGUGUAUAUGAAGUGUAUGUAUAGUCGACACAAUGACCACCUUGGAAAAACUUUUACUGGUACUUCUUAUUGCGGAACUCCUCCGGCCAUGCCAAACCAAAGGAAACAGUCUGCCGCUGUCAUACACCAGAGUUGAGCUGCUGACCCUUCGCGCUGCGGGAGACCAUCUACCGCCCGACCUCAUUGAGGAUAUACGGUCCUUGGACCCGAGGAGAUGAACCCGGAGAAGAGGGAAGAGAGGAGGUAUCCGACAGCGUCUCCGAAGGAGAGGUAACAGGCCACCGUUACCCUCCGUGAUCCUCAGUAAUGUGAGAUCUUUGAAAAGGAAAAUGGAUGAGUUACGGAUUAACGCUUCAGCCUGUUAUGAAUACCGCGAGUCAUCUAUAAUGGUGUUCACGGAGACAUGGCUGCGUCCUGAUGUUCCUGACUCACUGUAUGAGGUGGAGGGUUUCUCUUUCAUUCGCUCCGAUAGGAGUGAGACGUCAGAAUGGAUUCCCAUGGAAGUCAGUGCACCUGCAGUGCCCAUCGCUCAACACCAAGCGUCCAUCAAACCCUGGACGAGAUGGACUUUGAGAGAGGUAUUUGGUCAGCAGCUAUGGAUGGAGAUAUGAAGAGAGUUAGAUCAUUUCUCAAAAAAGGGAUUGACCCCAAUAUGCGGGACCAGGCAAACUACACUGCUUUGCAUUAUGCUGGUCGAGCAGGUCAUCUGUCCGUUUGCGAGUUACUUCUGGAUUAUGGAGCUUGUGCAAAUGUCCAGACCAGAGGUGGUGCAACUCCCCUUCAUAGGGCAGCUUACUGUGGCCAUCACAGUGUGGUCAAGCUACUGUUACACUACAGUGCUGAUCCCUGCCUGACUGAUGAUUGUGGAGCUACACCGCUACAUAAGGCUGCUGAUCAGGGCCAUCUGGAGAUGUGUGAGCUACUGGUGAACCGCUGUCCAGCCUUACGGGCUGUGAAAGAUAAAAGAUCACAAAUACCUUUGGAUCUUUGUCCAGGGAAGAACACGCUUUGGGAGUUUCUGAGGCCACCACAAUGACCUGACCUAACCUACAUGUCAGGCCUUUGGCCUCCUAAUAAAGGAAUGUGAAGAAUCAAGGGGUGUAACCACCAAAGAGAUUGAGGGGGAAUUGUCCCAGACAAUAUUGAGAUUAGGGGUCGAUCAAUAUGGGUUUUCAAUGACUGACUCUUACGUUUCAUAACUAUUUGGAUACAUCCUGGGAAGAACUGGUUCAAAGCAGUGCCUUUGUGACACAGAAUGUCUUAUGGCUGGAAAGAAGAGUGGCACGUGUCUUUAUAGACACCUAAGCUGCUCCUAAUAUUGUGUAAGCAUAUGAGAAUUGGGUUUAAAGCAGUGGUACAAUUAGCCACGACACUAAUGCUUGUACAUUUCUUUUACAUGAAGCGACAUAGUCAGGCUGUACUUUACGAAUUUUCCAAUAGAGGGCGCUAUAAUCUUAUUUAUACUGCAUUAUUAAUAAUAUACACACACAUUGAUGCCACUGUGGAGCUUGAAAGACUACAUAAUAGACUAUUUGGAUGCAUGACAUAUUGGUGACUAUAUUGGUAUUGGCCAAUUUUGUAAAAAAUGUUGAUAAUUGAAAAACAUUUCAAACUGUCUAGGAUGUGGUGUAACUGUCCAGAUAUUGUAAAAAAGAAAAAAAUGUCCCAUUAAAAGGCUGAUAUUAAAAAGUUUUUUUGCCGUCAAUAGUUUUAAGUAUUAAAAAUAUAUAAGCAAUUUUGUUUUAAAAUAUUUGGAUACGAAAAACUUUUGUUUGCCAAAUCAAACUCAUCUGUAUUUAUGUUUGAACAAAAUUAUAUAAUAGCACAUAUUGUAUUGUUUCCUGAGAAUGAACCAUUUGCACCUUUCCCUUCCACAUUUUAUUGGUUAAAUUAAUGACAUCUAGACAUGUUGGGCCUUUUACAUUCACAAUAGCAACAUGGAUCUUAGAAUUUGUUUGGCCAUGAAGUUUGUUCCUACUCCAUGUCUGUCUGCAUGCCAUAUUAAUAAUAUCAAUCCUUCAGUUUAAAUAAUUUAUUUUAAUUAUUAGACUUUAUUGUUCUGUCUAAGGCCUUAUCUCUUUGUGUGUGUGUGUGCAUACACAUGUGUUUCGUCACCACAUCCAAGGUCUUGUCUGGAGAAAGGCCAGCUUCCAUCUGGAGCUUAUUGCAGCUGACGCCACAAUACACACUGUGCAAGGCAUGAAAGCAUGUAUCAAUGUGAUUAUUGCUGUGUGUGUUCUGUGAAAGGGAUGUGUGUAUUGCCUAUGCAAGUUAGCUCUCUUAUCCUAACAAGAGUGAUUAAAACUCCUUAACUGGCUGAUAAUGCAUCUCCAACAAUGACACAUUUAACCAAUGCCAUUCUGGCUGGGUCAUGGGAAAAAUGGACUACAGACCUCAUUCGUUACAAAACAGGCCCUGUGUGCAUAUGGCUGCAAACACUGCCAUGGAAAAUGCAGCCUAAUACACUACAGCAGUCUGACUGAUUCAUUGCAGAUGGCAUGGGCAGCAUUCGAACAGAAACAUGGCCAGAUGCCGAAUUCAAGUCAAUGCUUGAUUCUGGGAGACUUUCUACUGCCUUGUGUUUGCCAAAGAGCUUCUCAUAAAAAGAGAGAAACAAGUCAUGACCUUAAUGUGCAAUUAGUUGAGAAGUAGGAGAAUUGCUCUACGUUUUGAUGUGUGAGGUUGUGUGUGAAUAAAGGAAUAUCUCACACUUGAUGUGGUAAAUAGUCUCUUGCAAGUCUGGAACUGAUA